GUAAAGCAGCAUUCUGUGCAUCCAUGCUGUGAAGUGUGAAGGGUGCUAUAGGUCUAUAAAUAAAGUAUAUUUCUUUUAUUUAACUACAGGUGGAAUAGUGCGCAUGACAUGUUGGAAAGAUUCCUGGAGCAACAAGCUGCCAUCUGCGCAGCCUGCUCUCGAGUGAAAUCAGGAAGACCGAGAAGGAUCUGUGCACACUGACUGAGUCAGACGUGACAACAGCUGAAGAAGUAGUCAGCACGCUGAAGCCCAUGAAGGAGGCUACACAGUACAUGUCCAAGGAGAAGACCCCCCACUAUCAGUCGUCGCACCCCUCCAGGACACACUGAUCAACGGCCUGAAACCGAUCGAAGGUGAAUCUGCAGUCAUAAAACAGAUGAAGGCUGCCAUGGCUGGGGAUCUUCAGAAGAGGUACAUUGACCUCAAGGCAACUCUCCAUGCAUGUUCAGCGAUGGAUCCAAGAUUCAAAAGUCUUCCCUUCCUGACUGAAAAUGAAAGACAGGAAGUUUAUGAUGGACUGAUUGUAGAGGCUGCAAGGAGCAUGCAGCCAUCAGAGUCACUUUGGAGUGUGGAUGAAGAGGGGACAGCAAAUGCUCAUGCUGAUGAUGAGGGGAUGGCAUCUAAAGAAGACGAAGAUGCUGUAGAUGAAGGAGAGCAAUUCAUGGAAGGAGAGAGCAGUCAAGGUCAGCAUCCUCCACCCAGGAAUCCAAGGCCAUCUUGUCCACUGGCUGCCCUUCUUGGUGAACGAUACGGUGGUGCAGCACGACCCAAGACAAAUACCCAACAGGACGAGGCCCAGGAGCAGAUGACCCGCUACAAGGAGGCAGAUCUCCUGGAGGUGAAAGAAGAUCCACUGGUCUGGUGGAAGGAGCACCAGUAUCAGUAUCCACUCUUGUCACGACUUGUUAAAAGGUACCUCUGUGUCCCUGGCACUAGUGUUUCCUCAGAGAGGGUCUUUUCCACCGGCGGAGAUAUCAUCACUGCUCAGAGAAGUGCACUUCUCCCAGAGCACGUUGAUCAGAUUCUAUUCCUGAACAAAAAUCUGAAGACAAUGUAGAUUACUUGGUUUGCAGUUAUGUGGAGAGGAGAGUUUCUGUUUAGUGUUCACUUAAGGCCUUAAGCUACUCUGCUAAGAUGGGUACAAUUUUAAGUUGGCUUAAAUGUUGCUCCUAUGGACUUGAAUUAUUGGCUGGCUGCCAUAGUUUAUUUUUCUUUUCUGCUGGCUAGACUGGCUACCUCACAUACUUGUAGGCCUACAGGUCUUAAACUACGCGUCUAAGACGGAUACAUUUUAAGUUAAAUGUUUAAAUGUUCUUCUUGGUGACUUGAAUUAUUGGAUGUUUUGGAGAAGCCAUGGUACUAUGUUUACUUACCUGGUGGCUAG